AUGGUAUUCAAAGAAAAUACAUACAAAUUUACUAAUCUGGUUGACGUAGUAUUGAGCAAUAACGGAGGUAUAUCUGAUGAGAAACCGGUCUACAUUGAUGCCAACACAGAUGAAACUGUAUCCUACGGUGAGCUAAAGACAUUGAUCCGUCAAGCAACUGCCGGAUUUCAAAGAAUUGGCCUGCAGCGAGGUGAUUGUGUUUGCGUUUACAGCCCAAACCAUCUCGGUGUUCCUCCCAUCUUCCUGAGUGUGUUGGCCUCAGGUGGACAUGUCAGUCCCACAAACCCGGCGUUCAAUGUUCAAGAAUUGGAGAAGCUUCUCAUCAUGUCAAAGGCCAAAUACCUCAUUGCCCACUCAUUUAAUUUGGACACUGCACUGGAGGCAGCCAAGCUAGUGGGUAUCCCAGCAUCCAAUGUAUGGUGUAUCAACGAUGAUCCCAAAAAAAGAGCAAAGCACUGGAAGGCAAUGAUAGCUAAUUCAACCGAAGAAGCUGAUCCCAUCAAAUACACGGCCGCAGAAUGCAGAAAUACACUUGCCUAUCUCUGUUUCUCCAGUGGCACCACAGGCCCUCCGAAAGGUGUCAAGAUCAGCCACCACAACUUUAUUGCCAAUGCUGUGGAACUGAAUCAAUUGACACAAGCUAGCAAUGCACUGCAAAGUGAUGGCUGCUUGCUCGCCAUUGUGCCUCUGUUCCAUAUUCUGGGUCUAUUCCGAUUCAUCAACAUGUCUCUUUUUGAAGGAAGAACGACUGUCCUCAUGGCUCAAUAUGAUCUGGAAAAGAUGUGUCAAAUGAUUGACAAACACAAAGUAACUACUGUCGUCGUUGUUCCACCUAUGCUUUUGCAUCUGCUCAACUCGCCUCACAUUGUCGACAAGUAUGAUUUCUCUCAUGUGGGGGCUUUUCAUGUUGGAGCAGCUCCUGUAUCUCUCGCAAUGGCAGAUGCUAUCACAAAAAAAUUCCAGAAGCCUGUGUUGCAAGGCUACGGAAUGACAGAAGUGGCUUCGGUGUUGACAGCGCAAACUCCAGAAACCUACAUGCCUGGAUCUGUUGGGCGAAUGAUUGGUGGCAUUGAUGCCAAAGUGGUUGAUGAGGAUGGCAAAGAUUUACCUGCUGGUGAGCGUGGAGAAAUCUGCAUCAAAGGGCCCAUCGUCAUGCUUGGGUAUCUUGACAACCCAAAAGCUACUGCUGAAACGAUUGAUAGCAACGGAUAUCUGCACACGGGCGACGUUGGCUAUGUCGAUAAACUUGGUAACUGGUUCAUCGUGGAUCGUUGCAAGGAAUUGAUCAAGUUCAAUGCCUAUCAAAUUGCGCCUGCUGAACUAGAGGAUACAUUGCUUAAAUGCCCUCUCGUGUCUGAUGCUGCUGUGAUUGGCAUCUUUGAUGAAAAGAGACAGACAGAGAUUCCGAGAGCAUAUAUUUCCCUAUCCCCGGCGGGCAAAGCUUUGGAAGAACAGGAAGCUAUCAAGCAGAUCCACAGUUUCAUUGAUGAAAAGGUUAUCCAUUACAAGAGACUGAGAGGCGGUAUACAGUUGAUUGAUGUCGUACCCAAGAGUGUCUCUGGUAAAAUUUUGAGAAAAGAGUUGCGUGAGCUGUACCUCAAGGAGAAACAAACGAGUAGCAAAGCUAAAUUAUAA